AUGUCUGGUUACUCUAGCGUCGGUCAGAGCUCCGUGUACGAGAGUGGUGACCAGAGAAACCUCAAGGACUCGGAAAUUCCCGGUCGUCCCCGAUAUGAAGAAGGCGUUGAGCACUCACACCAACCCAACGACUCCAAGGACGAACGAAGCAUCGCAAACCGACUAGCCAAUGAGGAGCGCAAACUAAACCGAGAAGAACAAGACGACCCGGAGACUCGCGCUUCCAAGAAAGACCCAACAUUACCCGCAAAGCUACACGGCAAUGAGCCAUCGAAAGGCGCGAAGAUUGACGCAGAUCUACAAGCUGAAGAGGAAGAAUUCUUGAAGCAAAAAGGCAAAAAAUAA